CAUGUGUACGCACCGGACCAUUUUGACAGCUGUUGUGUUUAUAAACAAGUUGUGAAAACGUAACAUUUAUUUACAAAUUGAAUUGAUUUUCAACUCGAUAGUCGGAAAGCAUUUUGAUUUUAUUUGCUUGUGUUGUAUUGGGGUGCUUUUCCAAAUUGUUAAAAGAGACGUUUGAUAUUGAAUUCGAGAACGCGACAACAUUAUGUUGUGCACUUUGAAGGAAACUGUAUGAUCGCAAUGUUUGUCAAUUAUCUGUUACUGGUUGCGGUAGCCUUUUUAUGGGGUGCGACAAAUCCUUUUAUUCGUCGUGGAUCGUUAGGUGUAGAAGAUGUAAAAGGAGCGACUGUUAUCAAACAAUUUCUUGCAGAAAUUUACUUUUUGAUCACGAGAUGGCAGUAUUUGGUGCCAUUCAUCUUAAAUCAAUGCGGUAGCGUUUUGUACGUGUUAACGUUACAAAACACUGAGUUAUCAGUGGCUGUUCCAGUAGCGAAUUCGUUGAGUUUUGUGUUUACAGCAAUAUCUGCACUCUUUCUAGGUGAACAACGGGCAACUUUAAAGAACUACAUCGGUAUGACGCUAGUAAUGCUGGGAACGACAAUUUGUAUGAUCGCAAAGAUGCGAACUGAAAAUGAAACAACUCCAGUGUCUUAGUUAUUACGAGGCUUUUCGUUUGAUUAUUUUAUUGGGAAUGUAAAAAUUGAAGAAAUUCGUUAUGUGUUGUUGUUGGUUACAAAAAAAGAGGUGCCAUCGAAUUAACAAAUAAAUUAUUCAGAAAAGUA